UUGUUUUGAGAGCGGACCGGAGAGAGAAGACUCACCAGGGAAGAUGGCGACCGCAGGGUCCGCCGAACGGCCUGGCAGACCGGCCAGCGCUGCCGCCGGGAGGCACCGGUCCGGGUCCGGGCACGGAGCCGGGUCCGGGUUCAGCCCGGCGGAGAACGAGGCGAAGAAGUGCCCGGUGUGCGCGGAGGGGCAGACCGGCGGCAGCCCGCCCUGCGGACACCCGGCCUGUCCGCUCUGCCUGGCCCAGAGACGGUCCGGCAGCGAAGAGCGGCUCCGGAGGAGCAGUGACCCCGAGAGGAGCAGCAGCAGGCCGGGCAGGAGGGACAGCGACAGCCGGAGAGAGUUCUUCGUCUCUCCUGCUCUCAUCCCCAAAUGUUCCGACGCUGUAUCAGCUCCGAGCGGGAAGCACAAGCUGCUGCUGUUUGAGGACAGAGAGGACGCGAAGAGGAGGAACACUAUGACCUGUAAAGACGAAUCGGUGCGACACGAUGAAGAGCCUGGGGUUCUGUCCGACUCUGAGAACGAGGAGCCCAUCAGCAGGAGGAUCAGAAACAUCUCAGCUUUCAUCAGGAAAACUAAAAACUGUGCAGCCUUCAACGGCGGCUCUCAGAGGAGUCAGAGCUGCACCGACCCGGUGGAGGACGGAGGAGGGAAGCUGAAGGUUGUCGCCCAGCCGGCCCUGUUGGACAGAGUCGGGAUCAGUCACAGCUACACGGCAGGAAUCCUUCUCUCCUCUGAGAACAGUCGUUCGGUCUCAGCUCCCAUCACCGCCCCUGACCGGAGGCUCACCUGGCGAGCCGUCGUCUCCUCCUCGUCUUCGUCGUCGACUCCUCUGGGCCUCCCCCCUCCUAGACCCGAGCGCUCGAUCAGCCCCGAAAGCAACGACAGCAUCUCCGAAGAACUCAACCACUUCAAACCGAUCGUCUGCUCCCCGUGCACGCCGCCCAAACGCCUACCGGACGGACGUCUGAUGGAGCCCACCAUAGUGAAGUCCACACCCAGGAACCUGACCCGCGGCCUACAGAAGGCCACCAGCUACGAGGCCAGUCCUGCCGUCCUGCAGAAGUGGAGGCAGAUCGAACUUGACCGCCAGAGCCUCAAAGUGAACUCCAAGGCAACGCUGACGAGCCCCGUCAACGAGCUCCACAACAAGACUGGCGGGUGGGAGGAAGGUGGCGGGGUCAUCGCAAAGACUCAUCAGUCCCCAGCGGGAAGGGAUGGCGAGGGAGUGAUGGCUGUCAACAAGAGGAGGCUGCUUUUCGACCCUCCGGCCGCUGACACGGAUCCCUUCCAGAAACAGUCUGUAAAAAUCAGAGUCCCUGCAAUCCGCUACAGCACUGAGGCGACUUUCAGAGGAAGUUCAGACUUUGAGCCGACUGUCGGCACUCCUGAGUCCUGCAGCGGAGGAGCUUUUUUUAGUCGAAAACAGUCGUUCUCUCCAUACACUAAGAACUCUGGUUUCCAGUCGUGUAAAUUAGUGCCAAAGGACUCGCAAAGUCCAAGGAAGGAGUCCGACAGUAGCCUCCACAACCAGUCUACCUCAAGGAGGGGCAAGAAGAGGGAACAGAAGACCAAACAUCUGGACUCGGACCGGGACUCGGACCUAAAGAGGAGCCGGUCGGUCAGCCAGGAAGCCUUUGACGAUCGGUACAUCUGUCAGAUCCAGCAGGAGCGUCAGGACCGAGCGCUCGCUCUGAAGCUGCAGAGACAGUUCGACCUGGAGAACCAGACCGUCAACCGCAGGAGGAGCCCUGACGCGUACUUCCUGCGGUCCUGGAUGUCCAAUCAGAACCGCAGGAGGCGCGGCCUGAGGAGAUCCAGACGAAUCAAUAAGAAGCACUAGAGAGGAGUCGCCUGCUGACUCAGCACAAAGACAGACGGGAAGAGGUUCAUAUAUGCAAGGUGACGACAGGUGAAGGAUCAAUGAAUGUUUUCACAGGACCGUCAUCUCCACGGCGAACUCCAAACACACCUUCAGUCAAAGCUGUUGAGGAAAAGGUCAGAAAUCUGAAACUGAACAUUUCUUCCAACAUUUCACCAGCAAAUCACCAAAACUGACCGAACCAAUCAGCUGCAGCCUGAAACCUGAACCUGAGCGGUCCGACAGGAUUGAACUGAUCUCAGUAAACUCUGGAGGACAACAGGACAAAACAAAAGGAUGUUUGACUUUAUUUUGGACAUUUGAUAGAUGAAAGGAUGAAUUGACCAAUCAAAAGCCAUGUGUUGACCUCAGUAGAGACUAGAUCUGUCUGGUACCACUUCUGGGUGAAGCAGUCGGAGGCCUGUGGGACCAGAACCAGAGACCAGUUCUCCUGUGCUGCCGUUCCACUUCCUGGUCCAGGUUUUAAAGCAGCAGUUCCCAGUUACUUCAUAUUGAUGGUGUUAUUGGUUAUUAUAGUUUGUUUUACUGGGUCCACCAACUUAAAAACCAGUAAACGGGGGCGUCGCUGCUGAAGGAGUCUCUGAUGGUCUGUCGUUAUGGUUCUAUAAUAAUCCUUUUCAGCAUUUGUCCGUCAGGUCAGGAGGCAGAGUGCACCUGCAACACACACACACACACACACACACUCACACACACACACACACACACACACACACACUCACACACUCACACAGACACACACACACUCACACACUCACACACACACACAC